AUGGCCAAGAACACAUGCAAGCUCUGCUGCCGCCGCUUCGCCAGCCCCCGCGCCCUCGCCGGCCACAUGCGCUCCCACUCCAUCAAGGUCGCCAGGUCGCAGAUCUCAUCGGCCUCCUCCGCCUCCACCUCCGUCGCGGCCGGGGACGACGACGCCGCCGCCGACGCCAGGAUGAUGCCCAUCCAGGCCUACGUGCUCCGCGGCAAGCCCAAGCGGAGGGUGCGCCUCGCCGAGUCCGACUUCUCAGAUCGCGAGAGCGAGGCGGACUACCCCUCGCAGUCGCCGGACGCCAAGCGCGUGCAUGGCGGAUCGCGCGACGCGGAGCCGGUGAGCUCCGUGUCCGACGCCGCCACGCCGGAGGAGGACGUCGCGCUGUCCCUCAUGAUGCUCUCCCGCGACUCCUGGCCCGCGGCGGCGUGGCAGCCGUCCUCCUACCGCGCCGCCGACUCCGACGACGGAAGCGACGGCGGCGGAGAGGUCGAGCCCCGGGCGGCCGAGCAGAAGCGGACGCGGUUCCAGUGCCCCGCGUGCAAGAAGGUGUUCCGAUCGUACCAGGCGCUGGGCGGGCACCGCGCCAGCCACGUCCGCGGCGGCAGGGGCGGCUGCUGCGCGCCCCCGCUCAACCCGCCGCCGCCUCCUCCUGCUUCCACCCACCUGCAGCCAUUGCUGGAAUGCGAGGAGGGCACGAAGCCGCAUCCGCACGAGUGCCCCUGUUGCUUCCGCGUGUUCGCGUCAGGCCAGGCCCUCGGGGGCCACAAGCGGUCCCAGCUCUGCCCAGGCGCCGCCGCCGUGGCCGCGCCUGGCGCCGAUCAUCCCGCCGCCGCGAUGAAAAGCCUGGGCCUCAUUGAUCUCAACCUCCCGGCGCCCUUCGAGGACCUGGAGGUCUCCGCCGUGUCAGAUCCCUUCCUCUCCGCAAGGCCAGGCCACUGA